AUGGAGGAGCAGCAGGCACUUGUGGCCGCUAAGGACGGGGAUGUGGCCACACUGGAGCGGCUGCUGGAGGCUGGUGCCCUGGGCCCGGGCAUCACUGAUGCUCUGGGGGCUGGCCUGGUUCACCAUGCCACCCGGGCUGGCCACCUGGACUGCGUCAAGUUUCUGGUGCAGCGGGCCAAGCUGCCUGGUAACCAGCGGGCCCACAACGGCGCCACCCCAGCGCAUGAUGCCGCCGCCACGGGCAGCCUGGCUGAGCUGUGCUGGCUGGUCCGAGAGGGGGGCUGUGGUCUGCAGGUGAGCGGGGACGGGGCAGCCUGGCCUCCACAAACCUGCUGGUGUGGAACCAGGGAGGCAUGCGGCAAGCAGGCUCAGAGCACUGGCCCUCGGCCUCCAUGGCCCUGGCCCUUUGUUUCUCUUGGGGAUCCAGUCCCUGUCCCAUGCCUCCCGAAGCGCAAAGCCUUGAGCACCAAAGCCACCUCCUCAAUGUUCUUAUCACCUCCUCUGCCAGCAGCGCUUUGUUGCCAGUGGGGCGUCCUGCCGAGGUCAGGACACCUGUCUCAUCAGGCCUGGCCCACGGGGCUGCUCCCCAAAGGGUCUAGAAAAGAAUCCUUAGAGCAGCGCUGUGGGACUUUGGGCUUGCGAGCUGGGAGCCUGGCCCCAGGGGAUGGGAGUGGGGGGCCGCUGAUGGUGACCGUCUUGUCCAGAGUGUUUCUACUGGGGCUCCUUCCCCUCUCCUGCCUGCCCAGUGCCCUUCGUGCAGGCGAGGGCCUCAGAGCUGUCACUCAACCCUGUGGAGCUCUCAGGAGGACGGUGAGCAGGCCUGACCGGCCUUAG